AUGACUACCACGGCUACGAUCUCGCAAUCCAUCCCUACCGCCGUGGCCGCCGUGGCACCCAGCCCCGGAGCCCAGGCGGCCCUCGCGACGGGGGGCUACGAGUUCCCGGGCAUCCCGCAGAUCGACGACCCCUACCAGAAGCGACAAUGGCAACUCGAGCACAUGGCGGGAGCCUUCCGGGUGUUCGCGCGCAAGGGCUUCACCGAGGGCACCAGCGGCCACAUCAGCGUGCGCGAUCCCGUGGAUCCGUCGACGUUCUGGAUCAAUCCCAUGGGCAAGCACUUCGGCAUGCUGAAAGCCAGUGACAUGGUCCACAUCGACGAGGCCGGACAGGUCAUCGGCGGCAACCAGACGGCGGUCAACGCGGCGGGCUUCCUGAUCCACAGCGCCAUCCACCGCGCCCGCCCGGACAUCCACGCCGCGUGCCACACGCACUCCCCGGCCGGCAAGGCCUGGUCCACCUUCGGGCGGCCCCUCGACAUCCUCAGCCAGGACACCUGCAACUUCUGGGGCACGCAGGCGGUCUACCGGGCCUUUGGCGGGGUCGUCCUCGGGGCCGCGGAGGGCGGGCGCAUCGCCGCGGCCCUGGGCGAGACCGGCCGCGUCCUGGUGCUCCAGAACCAUGGGCUGUUGACCACGGGCCGCACCGUGGAUGAGGCGGCGUACCUGUUCACGCUGAUGGAGCGCUCGUGCGAGGUGCAGAUCAUGGUGGAGAGCGCGGGCCUGCCCAAGAACUUGAUCGCGGACAAAGAGGCCGAGUUCACGGCCCGAGUGAAUGCGGAUGCGGAAACGCUCUAUACGGAGUUCCAGCCGGACUUCGAGUAUGAGAUAUGGAAGUCCAACGGAGAGCUCUGCAGGGGCGAAUAG